AGAAGAAACAUCUUUUGGAAUUUGAUCCUAAUUUGGAUGUAAAGAAUGAUAAACCUUUGCCUCCCCUGCUUUAAACCAAGGAUACAAUGUAAUAAGGUCUACGCUGACGGCUAUGAUGUAGGCAAUCUGAUAUCUGCAGAUCCCGUGAAAGGAAGUGGAUUCCGUGCUGAAUACUUCAUCAAACCUCCUCUACACGUCACUGUUUCAUUCCCAUUCAAUGUGGAGCUUUGUAGAAUUGACUUGGAAGUCUCACUGCCCUUGCAAAGCUCUAUAGGACUGGACAUCUAUACUUGUACAACAUCUAGUAAGACCAUGACGUGGAAUGAAAACUCCAUACAAACCUCUCAGCCUGCUGGCCAGGCCUUUCUUGACAACGAUGUUUUUACUUUAGUGGGUAAAGUUGUACUGAAGCAAAACAAGGUAUCUUUCAGGCACAUAGCAUAUAAACCUAGACCUCCUUUUCAUGAGUUAAAUGAGCCUUCUGCCAUUGACCAUUGUACUUCUCUACAGGAUUUGUGGAACAAAGGGCAGUUUUCAUUGACAAGCAUAAAUCACCUCAGGAUCUGCAUCACCUUUGUGUCAGGAGGCCGUUUGCCUUGUUUGAAGAGGGUGGACAUCUGGGGUCAACCAUCUCGAUCGUCCCCUCGUAAACUUGUCCAAAGCAUCUUCAAGGUUUAUCAAGAAUACAAGGCUGAGCAAUCGAUUCCAAGGAUCAAGCAGGGAAAUGCUUCCAUCGCCUCAUCCAGCGAUACACCAAGUCAUAGCCGAGAGCCAGAUGCUGGUGGAUCUCUGCUGAUCAGCGGGAGCAUUCCAGAGGAAUUUCUGGAUCCCAUUACCUCUGAACUCCUGGUCCUUCCAAUGUUACUGCCCAGCGGCAAAGUAAUCGAUCAGAGCACUCUGGACAGACAUAGUCGGUGUGAAGCUACUUGGGGCCGGGUGCCGAAUGACCCCUUCACCGGCGUCCCUUUCAGCCGCCAUUGCAAGCCUGUUCCUCACUCCACUCUUAAAGCAAGGCUGGACCAUUUCCUGCUGCACAACCCAAUACCAGGCCACUCUGUUGUGGGGAGAACUCGAGUUGGUUUUGUUGCCUCGUCUGCUGUGAAGAGAAAAUCGGACUCCACACAAGCUAACGACGUGAAUCCGGUCUCAGAACAAAUGAGUGCCUGCAGUACAAACUCUGCUGUAAUUUUGUACUCUGAUCAAAAGAGAUUCAAAGCAGAAAUAAAGGAACUGCAAAAGCCUGAGAGAGAUUUGGGUUCAGUAUCGCAUGAACAGAAGUUAACGCAGAGUCUGGACAACGCAUUGGCCUCCGUCUUAAGUGUGUUCCCAUCCUUUACUGCCAGACAAAGACAAGACAAAUCACAGCCAGCUGAUGGCAGCAACACUGACCGUCUGCAAGAUCCAGUUAGCUCUGAUGAAGCUUGCAGCAGCUGCAAUGAGGCAUUCUCUGCAUACUCCAAACACUUGGUGGUGUAUAGAUUGCUGUGUGGCCACCUGAUCUGCAGACCCUGUUUAUCCGAGAGGCAGAAGUCUUCAGCACCUUCCUGCUCCAAAUGCAAGAGGACAAUCAGCACCAGCGAUGUAGUGCGGGUGCACCUCUAGAUCUGUAGCAAUUUGGCCUCCUACAUUGGGGAACUGGUGGAGAUACUCCUUCAGAUAACAUUAAAAGACGUGGAAAUAAUGCAGAGAUAUUAUGUGAAAAUAAUAGAGAUAUUAUGGUGGCGCAGCGGUAGAGUUGCUGGCUUACAGCGAAUGCAGCCCCGGAGACCCGGGUUCGAUCCU